AUGCUGAACAUAUCCGACAAGAGCAUUUAAAUCAGCUACAGUUGUGAACUUUGUCUAUGUUGCAAUCUCAGUUGAACCAGUGGAUUGUGGAGUAUGGGAAGGCGGUGCUAAGAGGUGGGAUUAGUUCUGUAUGGGUCAUUCAAUAUGAAAGGCUUGCAGAGCCCUACAUGCUAAGCAGAAGAGAGGGUGGCAAGAGAGGGUGGAGCUGCUGUUGCAGAGACCAGCACCAGCUAUGGGAAGGGUUGCCCAGAAAACCCUUAUCUCUUUACUCUGUCUAGCAGCAGCAAUUUGUAAGGCUGAGGACAUCUGCCCAGAGGUGAGGAUAGUGGGACUCAGCGGCUCCGAUAAACUUGCCGUUCUCCAAGGCUGCCCUGGGUUUCCUGGUGCCGCAGGACCCAAAGGAGACCCAGGAGCUGCAGGAAUGAGAGGAGAACGGGGACCUCCAGGGAUCCCUGGAAAGGCAGGACAAACUGGCCCAAAAGGAGAAAGAGGUCCUGCUGGCCCCCCUGGAGCGAAAGGAGAUAAAGGAGCAUUGGGAACCCUUGGAACAGUUGGAGAGGAAGAGCUGGACAAUAUACAGUGUCAGAAAGGAGCAAAGAACUGCAAGGAGCUGUUAGCUAGAGGGUACACCCUGAGUGGCUGGUACACCAUCUACCCGCACGACUGUAAUGCCAUGACCGUGCUGUGUGACAUGGACACAGACGGUGGAGGAUGGAUUGUGUUCCAGAGACGGAUGGAUGGUUCCGUGGAUUUUUACCGUGACUGGAAUUCAUACAAGAGAGGUUUUGGCAGCCAGCUGUCAGAAUUUUGGCUGGGGAACGACAAUAUCCACCUGCUGACAUCCCUUGGAACCAACGAGCUUCGUGUCGAUCUCGGAGAUUUUGACAACAAGUAUCAAUUUGCUACCUUCGGAUCGUUCAAAAUUACAGGGGAGACCGAGAAAUACAAGCUGAUCCUUGGACCCUUUGUCAAUGGCACUGCAGGGGAUUCAUUAACCUUGCAGAACAACAUGCCGUUUACAACCCAAGACCGAGACAAUGACCGAUAUUCAGGUAACUGUGCAACAUCCUUUAAAGGGGCCUGGUGGUACAAGGAGUGUCAUUGGUCCAACCUGAAUGGAUUAUACUUGAGAGGAGCCCAUGAAAGCUAUGCUGAUGGGGUGAACUGGAAGACUGGCAAAGGGCACAAGUACUCCUACAAGAUGUCAGAGAUGAAAUUUAGGCCCGUGUAGCCAAUCAGGGAGGCAGUUAUAGUAAUUACACUUAGUUCUUAUACAGGCUUGUCAUAUUGAUCAUUUAUCUGGAGAUGUGCUCAGAUGAAUUCUUUUUAUACCAUAAUGUUUUCUUUGUCUUAUGUCUUUUUUUCUGCUCACCCAAUGAGAUGUGCAGCCAUUUAUGUAACAGAAAGUAGAAAUAUGGGCUCAAAUAAAUGGUAAAAUACAUAUGGACCCAAAGUCAUAAGUAAAUAAAUGGUAAAAUACAUGGCAAAUGGUAAAAUGGUAAAAUACGAUGGUACAAUGGUAAAAAAAAAUACAUGGUACAAUGGUAAAAUGGUAAAAUACCAAAUAAAUGGUAAAAUACAUAUGGAUCCAAAGUCAUAAGUAAGGCUAGAGCCCAUCACCUGUCAGCACAAUAACUGCAAGCCCCUAAUACCUGAGCUAAGUAAGUAUCUUUUAGCUGUGUGUAAGGGGCCAUUUUCUUUGUAUACCACCCACUAAGGGAAGACAUCAAAUUACACAUUCAGCCACUGCAGUGCACUAGGACUAGAGCUGGUAACAAUAAGGCAAAAAUAGUUUUGUGGGGGAAAAAUGAAAUUUCUAAGUUGUUUUCAUUUCAAAGGUUUUUUGGGUAUGUUUUUAAUUUUUUGUAUAUUUUUUCCAAUUCUUUCCCCCUGAUAUGUAUCAACAAAAAUGCCAUUGAAUGUUCUCAUUUACCAAAGCCCUGGCAUUCUAUACACACACAAAAUAAAAAUUGCAUCAUCCCGAGCACAUUUUUGAUAUAAAAAGAAAUGCUGAAAAUUUUCAGUAAAAAAUAUUGUGAAUUUUUUCCAGUCAAACAAAACAUUAGAAUGAUGUCAGUGAUAUAUUAUUAAAAUUUUCAUUGAAAAAAAAAAAAAAAAAGCUAUUUCUCCCUAGAAAAACUCUUAGGGUAUGGUUACACUGUGAC